AUGUCUACUCACAGAUUGAGCCGAUUCGUCGGUAUGUUCGAGCCACAUCCGGAAGAUAGAUUACAUUUACGCUUACAUAGAGCGAGAUCCGUUAUUUUAACGGCGCAAGAACUUGUGGAAAUUCGAGCCGCACAAAGGACCUUCGAGGGAGCAUAUAUAAGGACUGCUUUGGGACAAUUUAGUUUCGCUUUGGUAGUAUUGAAAAUCUUCACGGCCGAAUUUUACAGUAUUGGGGCCUUAUUCGCGACAUAUGGAGCCGGAAUCUUAAUGGUCAGCUUGUAUAGGAGAUAUGAGGGCAACAGGCAAUUCUUCAGCGAAAUAGAUGGGGAUGGCAUGGGAAGGAAAAAAUUUAGGACCAGUGGGAACGCUGUGGUUGUUUUGACGACGCUGAGUCUUGUGGCUUAUGUUUUACUGAUUGGAUUGACCAUAAGGCUCGAGACCUGAAGUCCAUGAUUGAGCUGACUACAUGUGCGGCAUAAUCAAUGGAACAUACAUAUAUUCCACGCGGCACAGGGGCCGUUUUGGGGUCUAGAGAUGAGAUGAUCAAUAUUAUGGCUCGGAUCGGUUGAUACAGUCAAAGUCAAGGAGGACAGAAGGGCCAUCGAAAUUCGGCAUUGAUUGGACCCAUAUUUCAGAAACAGAAUCCGACGCGGCAUACCCUUUCAAUCCAAUCCUAUGUGAGGAUCGCGACAGUUACUUUUUCAAACAUACGAGAAGUUGAUCAUCUACACUACUGCCUAAGACUUUCCGCGAUGGAUGUAUUGGAGGCAAAUUUGCCGGAUGUCUUAUUGCGAAUGCGAUCAAACAAGCAAACAAAAUCUUUCACUUUAUGAUCGUCAUAUACCAUUUUCGGAAGCAAGCAAGCUUAUCUAGCGGAUUUCCGAGGAUUUCUGAUCUGAUAAGCAUCACCUCAAGUUAGCUUGCCUAUAUGUUACCCUCCGGUCCAGGGAACAUAUGUCAAGAAAGGAAUUCCUGAUGAUCAUUAU